CAAUAUAUAUACCUGAAUCUCUGUGUGUGUGUGUGUGUGUGUAUACAAUAUAUAUCUUUUAACAAGAUUUUAAUCCUACAUAUCUAUUUCAAUCAACACAAAAUGCCACGCAAAGUUUUUCAUUUGUAUACAUCGUUCAUUCCUGUGAUACAACUACCAGGGAAAAUAGGUGUUAAUUUUCCGUAUUUAGAGGAGAUUAUCUCUUCUGCUGCACUUCUCCACAGAUGGGGGAUAUUCACGAAGGCUCACGGAACACCCACUGAUUUGCUUUUAGGGGCUUCCCAUCACCAAAUCCACCUGGAAGGUCCAAUUUAGUGCUAGCUAACUGAAGUGACUGGCGUUGACAGGCUAACUUCUCACUUGGGGCUUACAAUUAUCCACCUUUUAGAGACGAGGAACUCCGGGUGGGGUGGGGGGUGGGGGCAGCAGCUGGUAGAAGAUAAGUCUUCGGUCGCACCACGCGGUGAGGCUUCCCGGUAGUCCGCCCGAGGCCAUGGGGGGUAAAAUGCCUCCAAACCAAGGCACAGUGUGUGGCCUUCAGCGGGCGAGGGUGAGCGCCCUCGAACCCCCUUAAACCCCCGGCCUACGCCUGGAAAGCCUCUGCUUCUCUUAAUUUAGGAAUUAAGAAGGGAUCUGGGGGCUUUCUCCAUCCCCGCCCCCGCACUCCCGAAGUAGCUUUUACUCUGGACGGAGUGAGGAGUCAAACGGUCUUAGAUCAGAAGCACUAACUAAACCGACUCCAAGCAGGCAAGCUUUUUUUUUUUUUUUUUUUUAAUAUAAACUUACUUUCCCCGGGCUAAGCUCCGGGAGGCACUACUUUGUUAAGUAAAAAGCUGACAGCAUCAGCCCGAUGUUAAGUAAAAAGCUGACAGCAUCAGCCUGAGUCCAUGACCAGAAGGCCACGAAGCCCCACCCGGUAAGCUAAAAUACAAACCCUAAGGACAGUUCCUGCACUAGUCAUCUAAAAGAAGAAGCCUCGCGAGAGCUCCAAAGGGGGAGGUCACGAGCACGCGCCCCGGAGCCGUUAGGGUGGAACGCCUCCCCGGCGGGGGCGGGCGGAGGUACUGCGGUUAAGCGCCAGUUGGUGGAGUCCCCGCGGGAAACGAGUGAGCGCGAGGAGCGUGCGCGCUCAUGUAGGCGGCGACGGUGGCGGCGAGCGGCGGCGUCAGCUCCUGGAAGGGGGGGAAGGGUUGACGGCUUUUGUAGGGUGGCGGCAGCGGCGGUGGCGCCUUCCCGUUUGGCCACUACCGUUUCUGUUGCUGGAGCUGGACUGGUUGUGACUGAACGAGGGUCGGGAGAGGGGGUCGCUGCCUUCUCCGGUACAUCGAAGUGAGGAGAAGCCGCACCCCGGACUCUUUAUUUUUCCCCUUCCUCCGCCCCCUCACCGCACGCCCGAAGCGGCGGCGACUUCAUCUCACCUCAACCUCCCCUCCCCCUCCCCCGCCCCCUAGCCCUGCGACGUCCGGCUUGCGCCCCAAUUCUUUCCUCACCCCGCCCGAUCGCUCGCUCACUACGCCGCCGCUGCUGCCGCCGCCGCCAUGUCGGCGCAGGCCCAGAUGCGUGCUAUGCUGGACCAGCUGAUGGGCACUUCUCGGGACGGUUCAAUGUAUCUAUGCCUGCCUACUUCAAUCUGCAAGGGAGUAUCAGAAAGGCCCCGCAAUCGCCGAGCCGAGACACUACCCGCCAACGAAUCAAAUUCAGUGAUGACAGAGUGUGCAAGAGUCAUCUUCUCAACUGCUGUCCUCAUGAUGUUCUCUCUGGAACUAGGAUGGAUCUUGGAGAAUGUCUGAAGGUUCAUGACCUGGCUUUAAGAGCAGAUUAUGAAAUUGCAUCCAAAGAACAAGACUUUUUCUUUGAGCUUGAUGCAAUGGAUCAUCUGCAGUCUUUCAUUGCAGACUGUGACCGGAGAACAGAAGUGGCCAAGAAAAGAUUAGCAGAAACUCAGGAAGAAAUUAGUGCUGAAGUGGCAGCUAAAGCAGAACGUGUUCAUGAGUUGAAUGAGGAAAUUGGUAAAUUACUAGCUAAAGUGGAACAACUAGGAGCUGAAGGUAAUGUGGAAGAGUCUCAGAAAGUAAUGGAUGAAGUGGAGAAAGCCCGAGCAAAAAAAAGAGAGGCAGAGGAAGUCUACCGGAAUUCUAUGCCAGCCUCCAGCUUCCAACAACAGAAACUUCGGGUCUGUGAAGUAUGCUCUGCUUAUUUGGGUCUUCAUGACAAUGACAGGCGACUAGCUGAUCAUUUUGGGGGUAAACUACACCUGGGAUUUAUUGAAAUAAGAGAGAAACUUGAAGAGUUAAAGAGAGUUGUAGCUGAGAAGCAAGAGAAAAGAAAUCAGGAACGCCUGAAGCGUAGAGAAGAAAGAGAGAGAGAAGAAAGGGAGAAAUUGAGAAGGUCCCGAUCACAUAGCAAGAAUCCUAAAAGAUCCAGGUCCCGAGAGCAUCGUAGACAUCGAUCUCGUUCUACUUCACGAGAACGAAAGAGAAGAACUAGAUCCAAGUCCCGUGAGAAACGCCAUCGUCACAGAUCACGUUCUAGCAGCCGUAGCCGCAGUCGUAGCCACCAGAGAAGCCGGCAUAGCUCCAGAGACCGGAGCAGAGAGCGAUCCAAAAGAAGAUCCUCAAAAGAAAGGUCUUCUGGAGAUAAAGAGCGGUCAUUAAGAGACCAAGACCUAGCAUCACGUGACAAAGAUAGGAGUUCCAGAGAGAGGUCUCCUCGUGACAGAGAGAGGAAAGAUAAGAAACGUUCUUAUGAGAGUGCUAAUGGCCGAUCAGAAGACAGGAGGAGCUCAGAAGAGCGUGAAGCCGGGGAGAUCUAACAGGCUGUACAUUUCCUCAGUCCUUAAGCUUCCUAUGGAGUUACAUACAAUUGUUUAGUUUACAGCUGUUCAAGGCAACCCAGCAGUUCCAGACACCGAUCCAACUAGGCUAGAUGUACAGUAUCUAAAGUUUGGCUUUAACUCAAUCUGAACUGAACGUCUUUUCCUGGAUGAAGUCUAAAAUUGCAUCCAUAGUUUCUGAUGAACCUUAAUUCAAUUCUGAAAGGUUAUUCUGUUCACAAGUGCAGUUUUAUGUAGUAAAUUGCAGAUCUCAAUGUUUUAUUUUCAGUAGAAGUUAGAGUGAACAAAUUGUGUUACUUGCCUUGGGCUUUCUUGAACAUUUGUAAAAUUCUUUUUUUCUAGUCAGCAGCAGCUUUGGGAGUCUUAUUUUGAUUUCUUCCUCUAUCCUUCUGUUCUACCCUCCCACCUGCCACCCCAAAUUGCAAAGUGGGGCAGGAAUUGGAGAGGCCAUAUAACUUGGGUUAGAAAUUUCUGUUCCCACUGAUUAAUUGCUAGUUGGUUGCAUUUGUUGCUAGAGUGUGUGUUCUGGAGAAAAUGGAAAUGUUUGGUUUUUUUUCCCCCCUUUUUUUAAACAGUGCCUAUUUAGAUUUGGAAGUUGAACAGCUGUUGCAUUACACCUUUUGCAUUUUUAUUGAAAUUUUGAAAUCAAACCUUGUCUUGAUUUUUCUGUUACCAUUGAAUUGCUAUGUUUAGGUUAUUGGGGGGGUGGGGAAUUUUUCUUAAGCACUUCUUGUGUUUGUUUUUUUCCUUGUGGAGUGUAAAGGCUACACCUCUUAAUUGUUUAAAAAAAAAAAAGAUAAUAAAAUGAAAACAACAGUCAUCACCACCACUACCACCACCACCAUCACCAUUAAACAAACCUGCAUUGUUAAGUAAGUUGUCACAUAGCACUUUGUCCUGUGGACAUUCCUCACCUUUUCCUGCCAUUGAUAAUUCCUUUCUAUGUAAUAUACAAAAGAUAUAAGGAGACACUUUCAAAAAUUCUGAACUAUGGGCAUAACUGUUUAACCCAGGCCAUCUGUACUGUUUAUAUUCAGUUACUCAGAUUUAUAACACCUGCCACAGGGAGGGGCUUGGACCUGCAAAAAGAAAAAUUCUGAUUCUCCUUUUAUUCAGCAGCACAAAAUGAAAUUAAAAAACAGGAUAAACACAGCAUUGAGAGGAACAGUAUUUGAUUACUAAGAGUUGAUUUUACACCUAAUAAGGUCUUUGAAAGUGUAAGGAAAUUAGUAAUGUUUUAAUUGAAUAACAGUUUAGCUCUAAAAGAAAUCCAUAUCUAAAUCCUAGUCUUAAAUCCCGUUUGCUGAAGGGGCUCUUGUUUUGCCAGUAUCCUUUGCUAAUAUCUGGAAAGCAAAAUGAUAGAGACACUUAUGGUGCAAGAUACAGAUCUAGAGCAUAGAGUAGAAAAAAUAUCAAGUUGAAAGAGAAGAUAGACUAAUGUAUGUGCCCAGUAUUGGCAAGUAACCGAAAUAUACUGCACAAUAAAUCCUAAGUUUAGAGUAAAAUGUUGUGAAUCACUCAGAUGAAUAAGAUCUUUAAUGCUUGUUUAUCUACUGCCUUUCCACCUCAUCUGUUUUAAAAGAGCUAGUCAUCUUAAAUUUGUGGUCUUCUAGGAAGUAGAUCAACAUCCAAGAGUGCUCUUUCGUCGAAGAAGUUGCUUGCUGGGAAUGAGAAUCCAAAUAUAUUCAGUGUGUGAGUUGAGUGGAAGAGAUGUCUGAUUCCUUCCCGGGUGGGUGAAUGAUUCAGUCAUCCAGGACAUUUUUCUUAAUCACUCACCUCUUCUUGAAGUCUAAGAUCCUACAGCUUCCUUGUCAGCAAAAUUUGUUUUUAAUCCCUGAGUAGUUUUUUAAAAUAUUAUCAAUUUUGUAACCAAUAUUAGUGAACAUUCUUGAUACUAUGUUAAACUGAACUUUCAUCUGUAUCAAUUUAAAUACAUUGUUUUAAGUCCUUCAGUGAACACAGAACAACUUAAAGUGAUUCAUAUGAAUCCUUACUGUUAAAAAACAGUAGACCACUGUGCUAGCCAAUUCAUAGUAGCAUUGGGCAUUUUGAGAAGGACAUUAAGUCUUAGGCCAUCAGGAAAUCAAAUAACAAAUUACCAAAUAGCUUAGACUUCAGUAACUCAGGCUAGUCUAGAUUAGAGAAUAAUAUGAAUUAAAGGAUAUCUAUGUGAAAUAUAUUAAAUCCAAUAACAUGAUCUGGGUUAAACAGUGUGAAAGUUUGGUCUUUGCUAUGAUAUAGUUGUGUGAUUUACUUUCACUCUUAAGUUUCAUCCUUCAGUCCAUCAUUCCAGCCUGUCACAUUUUUUUGGAUUCUGAUUCUGACAUUUGCCUAGUAUUAUUAGUAUUGUAUGUAAAAGACAUUGUAUUUUUAAGAAAAAAAUUCUGCCUAGUUCCUUCUGUCAUCAAGUGAAGAAGACUCAGGAAAACAUUACCAAUACUGGAACUUCAGCUAGGGUGUGGCAUUGGUUAUAAGUCUUGAGAUUUGUAGGGAAAUAAAAGGAGAAAAGGCAAAAGACAUCCGGAUUUCAAGUAAUCAGCCAGAGCAAGUUGGUGGGGUUACUGAAGAUUAGUGUUAAGUAUAUAAGCUUGGGGUCUGCCAUCGAGUCAGUGAAUAGGAAGUCACCGAGUGCUGUUUUGAUUGAAAGGAGUAGAUACCAAAGGACUUAAGGGGAUUCUUGUAAACAAGUCUGAAGCUAAGUCCAGGAAUUCCAGGAAGUAGAAAGCAGUUUUACAUAGUUGGCGUUCAGUGAAGCAAGUUUGGAACUGAGGGAGUGAAUAGUGUAGUCAUUGAUAAUGUAAUCAAUCAGUGCAAGCAGGUAGAGGUUAAUGUAAAAGAUGUUAGGUAUCUAGGGAACUUAACUCCUUAAAGGAUUGCUAGAGCCACACAGAAUUUGAAUCCCAGGCUACCAUGGCUAGAAACUUAAUACAGAAAUUAGACCCCAUAAUACUAGGUAGUAGGUACAAGCGAAAAGCAAAGGAGAAUAGGAAUUGAGACCCUAAGAAAGCAGAUUACCAUUGGGAGGUAAGGCCAACAGAAAGACUUGAAUUUGAUCUGAGUUGAACUUGAUUUAAAUGGGUUUGUGUUUGUUUUUCAGGACAGUACCAGCCAAGGAAGUCCUGAAUAGAGCAAUAAAUGAAUAGCAGGGGACCCAGAUUUGCUUCACUACAUUGAAGCUAGAAAUAGAGUGUUUCUUUUCCCUGAUUCAAAAAGAGAAGGGGGAAGAUUUAUAACCCAAUGGUUUUUUGACCAGAAUUGGUCAGUAAAAACCUCAUAAAAAAAUCAAUUAACAUACAUGGGGACAACUACUCAUCUGAAAAGUUUCCCUUGGGUGCAAGCAUCAGUCAGCAAAAGAGGAUGGAGGUUGGACUGCAGGGGCAGUUACAUUCCUUGGGCUUUCCACAUCUGAUAACAAGGUAGACUGAUCCAAAUGCCAAGCCUGUUGUGUCUAUAUUUCUAGUACUUUUAUUACCAUGGCUGUCACCCUCUUUGGACCUUGUUUUUUUUCUGUAUUUCUCUAAAGUUCCAGUUGUAACUUCAUGAGUUUAUUAAUCCUGUGACAUAUUCUUUGGAGUUUGGGAAAGGGAAUGCCAAUGUUGCAUGGUACAAAGGGGAAGAGAAUCACUCUCUCCUAGGGCAAUUCUACCAAAUGGAGGAGGGAAAGGAUCUUUGGGGAUUUUCCUUUUCCUUUUAUAUAAGUGUUGGAUACCUACUGGGAUGGAUUAAAGAGUCUGUCUUGUUUCCCUUGGCCCACCUCACCUGGGAUCUCCACUACUCCAGCUGGGGUAAGCUCAGGAGGGCCUGUUGGAUUUGCUACAUUUGGUGAACGGGGAAAUAGCAUCUUCCUCAUUUGUCCCGAUCCAACAAUGUCUACCCUAGAAAUAAUUCUCUAUGACCUCUGAAGUGAGUUUAAAAAAUCACUCCUGGAACAACAGGAGUUGUUCAGUUGGGCACUGGACUCUGACUCCAGAAGUUUCCUUUUUGUGAUUAGUUCCACAGAAUACUAGAGUUAAUCUUCAGUCAUUGCAAGAGGCUUUCCUAGAAGUCAAGAUUCCUCAAGCAUGUUUGAUUUUUUGGAACGACAAAUUGCAUUUUCCCCUACAAUAUAGCCAGGUUUCUGGGCCUAGAUAAAGGAAAAUAAAAAUUUUAUAGAAAUUAUCUAGACAAGGACGUGUUAGAUUUUUUUCCACUUGAGAACCCUUUUUCCCCUAGAAAUUUUUAUGUGGCCCUGUAUAUGUAGACACAUAUAUAAAAUAAUAAAACAUGAUUUCAUGACCCCCCAUUGAGGCAUGAGACUCCAAACCAGUUAAGAAAUUAAUAAAUCUAGUUUUCUAAUUUGCAGAGUGAGAGGGUUAAACUAAAUGUGGUCUUUUUGGUCCCAACUUCCAUGAUCUUUUCAUUUUACAGAUGUGGAAAUUAAUCUAUUUGGAAGGGAUAGAUUUUGAGGAGGAAACUGAGGCCCAGUAAAGAUAGAUGACAGUGGAAGAACUAGAAUUAAAAUUUCACUCAUUUUUAAGUUUUGUUUUUUGAGAUGAUUAUGUCACAUAAUCAACUAUGAAAAUCAGCCAUACCAUGUAUGGAAUUUAAAAUCCAAUAAAAUUUUAAUAAAUUGACCUUAAGCCAUGUUUCUAUAAAUGAAGGCCUUAUAUAUUCCAAGAGGCCCCAAGAGACUCAGCAGCUUGUCAGAGGUUAUGUUUCCCAUUCAAGGGCUGUGCUCAGUUUCCAUGCCAACAACUAUCCCCCACAUACAUGAUCAAUUGAGGGAUCUUUUGAGUAGUGCCUUCCUCUCCUGUCUAGGACAAGCUACAGUGGGAAUUUUAAGCCAUCAUUCUGUGGAUUGUCAUAUUGGGACUGGGAUAUGGGAAAGUGUAGUUCAAGGAUAGUAGCACUUCACAAAAUCUGAAAGUUAAAGGAAAUACAAAGACCAUUUCCUUGCAGCUUGAAUCUGAGCAACUAUUAGCUGGCUUUCCCAAAAGACUUCUAAUAAAGGAGAAUUCACUUCUGAGGCCAUUCAUUCCACUCUUUGCUAGCUGUAAUUAAUGUCUUGUCUAUAUUUGCAACAAAUUUCACUCCUCGAUGCUCCUGGUUUUGACUAUCAGGAUCAAGCCAAAAUAAGGUGAAUCCAUCUUCCACAUGAAGCCUUUUGAGUGUCUGAAGAUAGCACUCCUGUCCCCUAUCAAAGUCUUUCCAGAGAUGAAUAUGGUAAUCCAGAUGUGGCCUAGUCAAGGCAGAUUUUGUUGUUCAGUUGUGUCUGACUCUUUGUGACCUCAUGGACCAUAUUUUUGAUAAGGUUUUUUUGGCAAAGGUACAAACAGGCUUAGUGACUUGCCCAGGGUUGCACAGCUAGUAAGUGCCUGAGGCCUAAUUUGAACUUUGUUCUUUAUGACUCCAGGUCCUGUGUUCUGUCCAUUGCUCUAAAGGCAGAUGACAGAAAGUUACAGAAAGAGCAUUACUCCCCUUUUCUUGGAAGCUGUGCUUCACAAUGAAAUCUAAAAUUGCAUUCACAUUUUUGGCUAACCUAAAAAUGCCUUUUUUUUUUUUUUAAUGAAUUGUCUAGCUGUGUUUUCUUCCUGGUUUGUGUAGGAUUUUUUUUUUAAACCUAAGUGUAAGACUACAUUUAUCCCUAAUAAUACAUUUAUUCCUAUCUGCCAAGAAAACCCUGUUAUUACGUUUGACCCAAAGCCUCUAGGUAUUUUUGUAACUGGAUUCUUAAAAGACACCUUAGCUAUGAAUACCCCCAAUUGUUUGCCUUCUUUGCCAUCUAUGCCUUUAUCAGAAUCCUUGAUAAAAACUGUGAAACAGCACAGAACCAAGGUAUUGUCAGGAAUACCAUCUUCCCAGUCCCUCAGUCACAGCCUAGGAGUUGGCUGGAUUCCUGGCUAUGGCCCAGCCUGGGUCCAUUUCACCUUUGCAGCAUAGCCCAGGAAGCCUCCUUUUCUCUGCAGACAAGCCGGCCUGCCUCCCGACUUCUCACCCCACUCUGUCCUCUAGUGGCCAAAGUGAUGUUCCUAAAGUGCAGAGCUCACAAUGUCGUGUAGACCAUCUUCCCACCAAAUAAACUAGCUGUAUAUUCCAGAAUCAAAUACAAAUUAUCUUUUUGGCAUUCAAAGCCUAGAUUCCCCCCUCCUCCCCCACCUCCCAUCUUUUCAGUCUAAUUGUACUGUGUACUCUUUAACCCAGUGACACCUCUUUUGCUGUUCCACAUCUCAGCUGGGCAUCUUCUCGCUGUUCCCCUUGUCUCAUCACAUUUAUUGUCUUCCUAUGAGUCAACAAAUUCCAUCAUAUACACAUCUUUCCCAAUCCCCUUUUCAUUCUUGUGCCUUUUUUCUAUUUCUUAUUUAUAUACCUUGCUUGUACGUAUUUGUUUGCUUGUCUCCCCCAUUAGACUGUGAGCUCCAUGAGAGCAGGGACUAUAUUUUUUGCCUUUAUUAUUAUUUUUUGUAUCCCCAGUGCUUAGCACAAGUGCCUGGCACAUAGUAGGCGCUUAAUAAAUGCUUAUUGAUUGAUUCUUUGCAAGUUGAUAAAGAACUAUUAAUGGCC